GCUUUACCUCUACAGUGAAUGCUUAAAAGCUAGAAAAGCUUGCAUUUUUAGGACCCCUACCACUUCAAUUCUCUCAAAUUUCUCUGUUUUCUCUCCUCUGUUAAUGGGUUUUAGUUCUUCUUGACUUUCCUUGGGGUUUGCUUUCUGAGCUCCAAGUCUUGGACUUUGCUGUACAGUUGUGUUUUUUGUUUGGAAUUGUAUUGUGGGUAUUGGGUUUUUUGUUUUGAUUGUUUUCUUUUUGGGGUGAUUUGGGAUCUGGUAUGAGGUCUAGGGUUUAUCAUUGAGAAACCAAGAUCUGCUUUUUGCCAUUGUUUCUCGAAUUUUCCUUGGGUGUUGGAAAAGUUAGGCCUUUUCUAGAUUCCUCAAUCUGUGCUCGUGUCAAAAAGGCUACUCAGAUUCCAUUUAAAUGCUUCAUGAUUUGAUGCUUCUUUGUUAAUAAAAACCUCAGCCUUCUCUGCAUUUCCUAUCUGGGUUUUCUCUCUCUUUGAACAAUCAAAGAGAGAGAAAGCAAGUUUGUGUGUCUCUAAAGGGGCAAAUCAUCUUUGGCAUGCUACUAUUUUGUUUCAUUUCUACAAGGUUCUGUAACUGGAAAUGAUGAAUCAGGGAAUCGAUAUUCUCCCUCCUGCCUCUUAUUUUCAGAACUCGUGCUGGUUGUAUCAAGAAGGCAAGGGGACAAAAUGGACUCCUGAAGAGAACAAGCAGUUUGAGAAUGCUCUGGCUAUAUUUGACAAGCCCACUCCGGAUCGAUGGUUCAAGGUGGCAGCCAUGAUCCCUGGCAAGACAGUAGGCGACGUAAUCAAACAGUACAAGGAAUUGGAAGAGGAUAUUGAUGACAUAGAGGCGGGGUUAUUUCCAAUUCAUCGGUAUUGUAGUGAUUCUUUUACAUUGGAGUGGGUUAAUAACAGCCAGGGCUUUGAUGGAUCAAGACAAUAUUACAGUGCUUGUGGGAAGAGGGGCACAGGGAACCGGCAUCCAGAUCACGAAAGGAAGAAAGGAGUGCCAUGGACUGAAGAAGAACACAGGCAAUUUCUAAUGGGUCUUAAAAAGUAUGGGAAGGGGGAUUGGAGAAAUAUCUCUCGCAAUUUUGUGACAACAAGGACACCAACUCAGGUAGCUAGUCAUGCUCAGAAAUACUUCAUCAGGCAGCUCACUGGAGGGAAGGAUAAAAGGAGAUCAAGUAUCCAUGAUAUCACAACUGUCAAUGUCCCAGACUCCAUUUCUCCACCUGAAAACAAUAGCCCUACAUCCCCAAAUCAUGCUGCUUCCACCAUGAAGCCCCAGCAGCAACCAAAAGUGGCGGCUGGAGUAGGCAAAGAGCUUGACUGGAAACAAUCUUAUAAAGGGGUAGGCAUGGUCUUCAACCCAACAAAUGGUGGUACAUUCAUGGCACCUCUCUGUGGGAUUUCUUCAUAUGGGCCUAAGCUUGAAGAACAAGAUCUGCUUGGAGUAACUCUUCCCGGAUCACAAUUUGUGUCUUACAGCCCUUUUCUCCAGAUGCAGUCUAUGCAACACCAGUAAAUUAGAGAUGAAGUGAAGAGAGUCCUCAAAAAUGUUAAUGUGAUGAAUCAUAUCAUCGAUCUCAUAUUUCUCUAUCCGUCUCAUUUGUGAAUAUGUUGUUGAGAACAUAAAUUUGUCCACAGUUACUAAACUCUACAAAGAGAUUUAGUUAGUUUGCUUUGUGAUUUAUUAUUCUAAUUCUGGAUCAUUGAGCCAUAAAAGAAGCUUAUUUACAUGAAGGUUGAAACGUUUAGUUGUGUGAUCAUGAAGAUCAUUGUUGUCUAUCAAGUGAACUAGAGUACAAAGGAUUGAGACUUGAUAACAGAUUCUGGCAAUUCAGAUUGAGUUGCUUGAAUUUGUUAUGCAGCUUUGAACCCCAAUAUGAAUCAAAUAGAACCAGGAGAAUCUU